CAACAUUUUUUUUUUAUUAUUUCCUCCCGGGAGGAGAUGCUCGUCUGACCCCCACCACCUCCUCCGCCUCCGCGUUUGCCUUCCAAUCCAAGACUUUUGUGGAUGGUCUCUUCUUUAACCCAUCCUUGUUCUGCUACUUUGUUGCUACCUGUGGAGGUUUCCCCGGUUUUCUCUCUUGCCAGCCGUCGCACAGAGUGCAGCCCCGCAGAGAGGCACCAUGCUGGGAUUGGACGUGUGUGAGUUUGGGGGUCAGGUGCUGGAGCUGCUGUGGUUAACUAUGUGCUACAGAGGUCUAAUGGGUGACAAGAAGGAUUUGUAUUUGGAGGAUGAAGAGGACGACAGAAACCUAAACUACGUUGCUCCGGUCCAGAAAACUUUGGAAGAGAUUCAGCAACUGGACAAAGAUGACGAGAGUUUGGUCAAGUACAAGCAGACCCUGCUGGGGACGACUCCCAUGCUGGCAGACCCCAAUGUGCCUAACGUCCAGGUGACCAGACUGACCCUGCUGUGUGACGAUGCUCCGAAACAAAUCACCAUGGACCUGACAGGAGAUCUGAGCGCUCUGAAGGAGAAGACUUUCUGCUUAAAGGAAGGAGUGAUGUACAGACUAAAGAUACACUUCAAGGUGAACAGAGAAAUCGUUUCUGGCUUGCGGUACCAUCAUUCGACCACGAGAAAAGGAAUAACAGUGGACAAGGUGUCGUACAUGGUGGGAAGUUACGGCCCGAAGGCAGACGAGAUCGAGUUUCUAUGCCCGUUUGAGGAGGCACCCAAAGGCAUGAUAUCGCGCGGCCACUAUCAGUUCAAGUCCCGCUUCAUCGAUGACGACAAGAUUGUCUACUUGGAGUGGGAGUGGAACCUGGACAUCAAAAAUGACUGGGACGAAUAGAGUGAGAGAGAUGAUGCUACUCUUCCCUUUUUCACCCCCUUUUUUUUCUCCUUUCACCCUCUCCUGUCUCGACCUGUGAAAGGAGGCUCUCCUUCUCCUCCUCUUCCUCCUUUUUCUCCUCUUUUACCUUUUCUUCCUUGUCUUUAAUGCAGGUGUCCUGACGGGGACUUUCAAAGAAAAGAGUGCCCCCUCUCUCUGCCUUCUGUCCCUGCAUUUAUGUCCUUCUUCCAGAUUCUUCUAGAUCUAAAAACCCAUCCAUCCACAGCUGUCCACAUGACGAAGCUUUUGAGAUGUUUCCCUUUACUUUUACUUUCCUUUGUCCCGCCCUGCCUCCACGUAUCAGCAGUGGAGGGUCUGCAGAAGCAGUUUGUGGCACAAAAGGAAAUACAAUAAAUACAAACACUACAUAAUUACAAGUGAUAUCUGUAAAACAGACUUCCCCAAAGAGAAGAGGUGAAAUAUUUAAACUAAGUGCAUUUGGAUGCUCAGUAGGAACUAGUGUUUUAGAUAAGACCAUACUAACCGAGACCAAGACUUGACUGAGACCAGAGUAUGCUGAGACCAAGACAAGACCAAGAUGUGUGUACAAUGUUCCUCUGAUUGAUAUGAAGGGUGGCAGACGUUAUCAGUGACAAAAACAGCAAACUGCAAAUGACGUACAUGAUUGGCUGGAUUUUUAGAUCCAGUCACUGUAAUUAUGUUAACAAAUAAAUAUGUUGUGAUCUCGAUUAAAAAUCCAGAGUCUGCUACGUCCGAGACCCUCUAAAAGUGGUCUCGAGACCAAGACCGAUCUCAAGUACCACAACACUAGCAGGAACUCUGGAUUCACAUGUCACAACAUUUGUUAAAAAGUUUAGAAAUAAAAGAGUAACACCAAAAACACACCAAGUUCAUGUGUCUUAUGGGGGGAAGAGAUUCUUUUAUACCAUUAGUCAACAUGUGACAGGGGUCAUAGGAGUCUGCUUGCUAAUGCAGGUACUGCUGCAAAAAGUUAAACUAUCCCCAACUUUUAGUUUGGAGGCACUUUCUGCAGAAUCACAGGGCCGCAGCUCGAGCAGCCGCUGCAGCUUUCCAUAGAUGUUGCAUGGCAACUGGCUGCAGGACACAUUUCAUUGCAUCUUGGUGUGUUUUUGGCAUAAAAGAGGGCGCAGAGGGGAAUGACAUGAGGCAAAAAUACUGUGUGACGACAAGCAGCUCACGGAGGCCUUAAAACUCUGAGGACACAUACAUGGUCCACACAAAUGAGCAAAUUUAGCUGACCCCUUCCAUUUCACUUCUGCUCAUGACAAACACAGCAAAGCUCGAGCUGAACAUGUUUGUGUGCAUUAGCACAUUUAUUUAUGACACGUUGUCAUUCAGCUCCCUUAAAACUCGCAAGUUUCACAAUCAAAACAGCUGUCUCAUACUAGGCACGUUACAACAUCCUCUGAAGAACGCACGUUCAGUAUGUUCAAAAAGGUAGCGUUUUUGCAUACUUGUGUGGACCGUGUUUGUGCAAUUGUGUCUGAUUGCUGCAUUUUGUGCCGAAACGUACACUUCUUCUCUUAGUCACAACUCACAUAUUUUUGAUUCAGUGUGACUUACAGGAUCUCCAGGGUAUCAUUAUCUCUGAUGUCCAUCAUGUUCAUAAAUCUACUCAAAAAUCACUGGGAAGAAAUGAUAUUUUAACUCCAGAACUUCUCUGAGCAUCAUCAUGUUUUUAAGUUUUCUUCAAAAUUUAUUCAGUGAUAGUUUUCUGUACAACCAUGAAAAAACUGCAAACAGGAACUGAUAAGAGCUAAUUUCUUUAAUGGAUCCAGUUUGCAAAAAUGUAUGUGUAUUGGCAAAAGAGAAAACUGGCCCUUAACCACCGGCAACUUUAUACUCUCAGCUAUGAGAGCUGUAGUCCCAAAAUUUAGAGCAUGAUUAUCCCCCAAAUAGAGUCGAGACAAAGACUGAUAAAAUGGAGUUACAUAAUCCUUUUGUUUUUGUCUUUGGGGGAGCACAAACUGUCGGUCACUCAUCAUUUUAUUUUAUAAUUACAAAUUUUCUGAGAAAAACAGAUUGAUAGUAAAAAUACAUGAAGAAUUCUACAGGACAGAAAGUAAUGUUUUAGAAUCCUUUAAUAAGAUCACACUCUAAUUAUCCAAAUAUUGUCUUUUCAAAUCAAUCAAACUGGUUUAAAAAGAUGAGUCACCUCUUCUCACGAAGUGCACUACAUGCAUCAACAUCGAUCAAACUUGGACGUGGUGUUUUUUAACGUUUGCUCUCAAAACAUCAUUUUUCUCGAGUCUUUUGUGGAGCGUUUCAUCAGAGCAGACCAAUUAAAGACUGUAACUGAACUGUGCAUAUUGUAGAAAGAGAUGCAUGUCUGUAAUGUAGGAUUUGAUACUAUUCAUUCCGUAAAAAUGAAAAACCGGCCCUUUCUAAACCUCUCUCAUAAACCAAGGACAAAGAUGUGAAUAAAAUCUGCUUUGAACAUUAAUGAAACAUUUUACGAUGGUAGCUGAAAAAUGGAGUACUUGCUGAGAAGUAUAAGGGAUGAAUUAUUUUCCCUGAAAAAAAAAAAAGAAAUAUUAUCGUGUUGAGUCUUUGGAUAUGAUAUCGUCAUUGUUGCUGAACAUACUGAACACUGAAAUACCAUUUGAAAUGUUCGUGAUCUAAGACUAACUGUAAAUGUUGGCUUGUUGGGUGUUGCAUGGUUUAGCGAGAUUCUCUCUUCCUUUUUUUACAACUUUAUUGUAAAAUUUAAUGUGAUGACAAAAAAAAAGAUACUGACGCAAUAUCCAGAUGUCAAUGAUUGCCAUAUACUGCAGAUACAGUUAUUUACAGGGAUAUUUUUAAAGGCACAGACAGCUGGAAACAGUCGUCUGUGUUUGAAGCUCCAGCCUGUAACGAUCAAGUGCUGCAUCCUCAAAAUAUUGGUGUCAAAUCUAGUAUCCUGUAUCUUUUAAUAAAGGCAAUUCAAAC